ACAGUUGUUUUGUUGGGAAAGAAAAUAAACAAUAAUUUAGCUAGUGUUGUGCGCGAACCAAAAGUGGAAAUUAUGCGAAUCUCGACAGCGAAAAGGCAACGCGAUGCUGGCAAUGAAUGUGUAGGCGUGCGUUUUCCCGAUUUUCCAGCUUAUCGGUACUCGCCGUGCACCUGUAUUGGCAUUUCCACCGAUUUUUUCGCCUGUGGAGCUGCAAUGGCGACCAAGUUGAGAACGAUCAAUUCCGCUAAAUAGAAAGAGCAAUCAAGGAUAGAGAGCGGUGUGUAGAGAGAGAGGAGAGCGAAGCGGAAAGAGCGCGGGUGCAGUCGAAAAUAGCGAAAAAGAACCGUUCCAACCGUCAAAGAAGAGUUCAUAAAUGGCGAAUAAGAGUGUGAAAGGCCAAUGAAAGUUGGCAAUCCGUGGGUUAUAUAAAAAAUAUAUAUGCAAAUCGGGUGCAACGAAAUGCAGGUUUGCAAAAAUCGAAAAUAAAUCAAUGAUAUAGACGCAAAGUCCAGGAAAAAGAAGAAGCAGCAGCAACACAGCUGAGUGCGUGUGUGUCAACGCUGAUUGCUUGCAAGUGUGUUUGUGUGUUUGAUUGUGUGCUCCGAGCAAGUGAAAUCAAUAAUAUUUGCAGCCGCAAGCAAUUAAUAAAAACUGCAAUAAUGUCAAAACAUCUAAUUGAGGCAACAAAUUAGCAAAGCCAUAAAAGCAGGCUGCACUGCGAGAAAAUUGUGCCUUUCCACGGAUCUUCUGCUGCAAAGCGAAAGAAGCAAAAAAAAGCAAAGAAUAAUGGAAUUUUAACAAAGUUUUGAAAGUGUACUUCUGGUGCAAGAAGCAGCAGCAGCAAAAGCUAGCGGAAUCGGAUUCGGAACCGGAAUUAGCAUCAGAUCCAGCGGACAGGCAACCAACCGACCGACCAUGAUACCGACAAGCGUCACCAACUCGCCGCCGCCAGCGGGAUUAGGCCAGAAUGGAGCAUCUGCCUCCUUGGGCUCGGCAACUGCGGCGGCCGGAGGAGGGAUGCUGUCCGGUUUGGGUAUGGUGGGUGUCUCGGGAUGUGGGUCGGCAGGAACAGGAGCUCAGAACAACUACAGUUCCGUUGUGCUCGGCUUGGCCUCGCUGAUCCUCGAGGGUAGACCCAUUGCCGACGAUGAGUACCAGCAGCAGACGGUGGGAGUAGUCGGUCCGGGAUCAGCAGCAGGAUCUGGGGGAGGACGCCUCUCGCCACGACCCUCCACCUCCAGGGCGGCCAUCAACAUCACAACGAAUCCCUAUGGUUCCAUGGGAGGAUCGGAAAAUAGAGCCGUCAAUGGAAGUGGUUCGACCGGGUCGGCCAGCAGUAGUAGUUCGCUAACCCACCAGCGAUGGACACAGAAGCUCUGCCAGCUGCGUCAGAUUUCGCCGGCUGCCCAGACGAUGAGCGCCGAACCGGAGUUGGUUUCUUUGGCCAUCAAUGAUCUCAACAAAGAUCAUGGCGACUAUGAAAUUGUGCGACGUGUCAUGCUCAAUCGAGCUGGUGGAACGGGUCUGGUUAGCAGUGCCGGCGGUGGAACCAACAAUUCCAGUGCCGCCAGUUCGCCGGGCUCCAAUUCAUCGGACAACAUUCUCCACUCGCUGCAAUCGCUGGCCACCACCUGCUUGAGAGGUGGACCUGCCUUGGCACCGCCACCACCAGUUGAGUCAAGACCUCUGAAUCUCGGCUUUCAUUGGUCGGGCUUGGGGGGAUCCGGUGGCCGAGGAUUGGGAUUUGGAGGAGCAGCAGCAAGCAUUAGCACCACACCAACAACAACGGCAACUGCCACUGCCAGCAGCGGAGCAAGCAGCUCCGCAUCGCGGCCCAAACAUGGGCCACACUGUGAUCAGUUCCUCAGGAAGAUGGGUCUGGCCAAGGGCGAGAUGCCAUCCGAGGCUGAGGAGCACAUCUGUGAUAUGUCCUACGUGAAUAUGACCUGCAACCGUUGGCGGGCGUAUUGCAUGAAAAUGGAGGCCAUCCUGGCCAGACGCGAGCCCGUUUGCAUCGAGGUUUACCUGGGUCCCGUGAGCCACAAGCUCUUGCUGGAGCAGUGGAUCAUAUGCGGCAAGGAGAAAGUUCCUCCACCCACGAUGACGUUGCCUUCGCUGUGCAGCGCCAUUCGGAGUCAGUUGUACUUCUCCCAGAUAGUCGCCUGGUGUGAUCUCCUUCGCAAAUGUGAUCCAUCGGUGUACGACAGUGGUCGCGUCAUCUUCUCCAAUUGCGGCAACAAUGCAGGAGAUUUGGCUACCAGCUAUACAACAUGCGGUGGUCAGAAGAGACCACGUCUUAACAUCUUCUAUCGGAUCAAGCAGCACACCACCAAUAGCAAUAGCGGGCUACACCACGAGGAUGGCUUCAGUGCCAAGGCCAAUGUGCACAAUUUUCCCAACGUCAACGUUUCGGAGAACUACAGCAUCUCCGUAAGCGUGCGCAGUUUGCCCAGGAUUAAUGGUGGCCUGCCGCAUGUGGAGCCAUUGCCUCCUAGUCCAGCUCCACGAAGCUUGAGGCCCUGCGGAGGAGAUCCGGCUAGUACGCCCACCGGAGGCGGUGGACUUCAUGCUGCCACGCCGACUGGCCUGGGAGCCAGGACUAGUGCCCUCACCCCAACGACAACGGCUGGCGGCUCCAACUGUGAUAAUGGAAAACCAGGAAUGGGACAGGUAUUGGACGAACUCGAUGGGGACUCGAGUUUGAGCCAUCGGGAGAGGCAGCUGCAAAAGUAUCGCAAGCGAAUGCAGCGAAGGGACAAGAAGAGGGAGAGGAAAGCUACACCCGAACGGGAAAAUAGUCGACAACAAUCCGAGGAACCAAUGGAUGAGGGCGAGGAGUCACAGACGCAGUCUCAGACGUCGUCGGAAACCCAAUCCCUGGCCGUGACAUUGCAGCAGCCAAGACGCAUCGCCAUGAUCUCCACGGGCACGCAGACCUCUCUAAGUAGUUGCCAGCAAUGUGGCAGUGAGAAGACUCUUCUCUGUCUCAGUUGUACGGGUGGAGGUGAAGCACAUGGAGGAUCGAACGGUGCAACCAAUGGAUCAGCUGAUAGAUCCACAAAUGGAGCAUUAGAUGAUGGAGACGAUAGCGACACGACGGCAUCCGAAAUGGAGGAAACCUCUUCUUGCAGCUUGAGCAGCGCUGAUCUCAUUGUGGGCACACCCCGCAACAACGCGGAACUCUUACUUCAGGCCAUCCAACGCACGCCAAAGAACCGAAAUCGAAAGCCCCAUCCAGGGGUUGCGGAUCAGGCUCCACUGGGAGCCGCCUGUCGUAACGCAGAUCUCAAUGGAGGGCAGAACAACAAUCUUCUGAAGGCCACACCCGCCACCAGUGGCUGUCAAGUGUGCAAGCGCCAGAAGACCCAGCACAACUUUGCAAACGGAAAGGUUCACCAACCCACCAAUGGGAAGCAGACGAGCAAUGGCUAUGCCAGCAUGCAUCAGGAGGCGGAGAAGCAACCAGAUGUUGUUCAGAUUCUCUCCACCAAGUUGACGCCCAACAUCGAACGCUGCUCCCUGAAUCCUGUAGAGCGCUGCAAGACUCCGCCGCCGGGAGUAGCAGACCAAAUAGUGGUGCAGUUCAAGACGCCGCUGAGCCAAGUGCCAGCCAAGCAUCAACCGGAUGCGAUGGUGCCGCUGCAGCAGCAACAGCUGGGCAAAUCCUCACCAAAGCCGGCUCAACUCAGAUUAAAUUGUGGGUCUAAUUUGUUGGAGAGCGAGACGCCGCCGCCUAUGACAUCGCCACAAAUGCGAAAGGCCCUGCCCAAGGUGAACCUUACAACGAUCUUCUGCAGUUCAGCACCCAUCGCCAUCGGAUGUCCCGCCUUCAGUUUUGAUCCAGCUGCCUUGAGUCACGCCCAUUCGCAGUUGCUAGCGCCGGAUGUCAGCGUAACGCCGCCAGUGCAGAAAUCCUUCUCUGCUCCCACAUUGCCACAUGCAGCUUCACUGUCCGUAUCGCCCAGGUUCUCCAAACAAGCGUUGGCCGCCCACAAGCGGCGCUCCCGUCAUUUGAGCGAUCGAAGCGAUCGAAGCUCGCUUGGUUCCGACGAGCAGUUGUCGGAUGAGGAUCUCGAAUCUGGUCUAUGCAGUCCAGCAGGUGGCUCGCCUUUGAAGUGUCGCGCCAGAUUGGCGGCUCAUUUUGGAGGACGUCCGCUGCUGGGAAAUCUGGAGGAAUCUCUGCUACAGAGAAGGCUCAUGCCCAAGAUCGAGGUGAUGGGCUUUAAGCUGCAGCUGGGAGCCUCCGGCGGAUUCUGUCCCACCCAGCUGACUAUCCCAGCCGUCUCCUACUUCUACGAACUGCAUGGCGAGACGCUCAGCACGCCUUAUUUGUGCGAGAUUCGUUUGCCGCGCAAGGGAUAUUCGGUUCCAAGGUCGGGCACGGUGCAGGCCACACUACUGAAUCCCAUGGGCACGGUGGUGCGGAUGUUUGUGAUACCCUACGACAUGCGGGACAUGCCACCGCUGCACCGCACCUUCAUCCGGCAGCGCAUUCUGGCCGAGGAGCUCAGCCAGGAGCAGGAUGAGGGGCACAAAGUGCCGCGGAGUCCAACAGUGACUAGCACCACCAGCAAGCUGGGACACUUCAUCAGCGCCGAGCAAAUGAAGCGGCUGCGCUACUCCAUACACCUCAGGUUCCAGACAUCGCGCUCCGGACGAUUGUGCCUGCAUACGGACAUCCGACUGCUGAUCUCACGCCGCACCGAUUGCGAUACGGCGGCUGCACACGCGAAGGGCGUUUUGGAGGCACCCAAUGAGCUGGUCACGGACACAAUGAUGCCCGCCGAGCCGCGCUACAGUGCGCGACAGGAGAGCGCCGGCAGGAUUUAGUAGCUACUGCAGGCCCUGGGCGGCACCUUCGAGCUGCUACGCCGCCUGUGCAAGCAGCUUCUGAACAAGUGGCAGCAGCGGGAGGCCAGAGACCUCUGGCAGUGGCCCAGAUACCAAUUGUAGGAGGAGAAGGAGAGGAAGCAGGAUGAGAAAGAGGAUGAUUACGGAGGGCAGGUGGCGAAAGAAACUCCUGUGUGUGUGGUGGUGUGACAACAAUUGCUUUACUAGAUAUCGUUUAAUUUAUACCUAAGCUUAGUUUCCUUUAAUAUUUUUGGUAUUUCACCUCGUGCGAGGUUUUGUUCGUUUAGUUUGAAUUUGAACUACUGGAAAAUGUGUGCGAAAACAUUGCGAAAGUAAAAAUGUUGAAUAUGAAAGCCAAGCCAUCGAAUCGGUCGGUCAGCCAGACGAGCGAACCAAAGCUAUCUGCAUCCGUAUCUGCAACUGCAGUUGUAUCUCUAUCUGUAUCUUUUGGGGUCCACAAUACGCGGGUCAAGCGGCGCAACUAGCAAUACUAAAAACUAUGCAAUGUGUGAGUGUGAAAACGCAAGGGAGGUAACUACGCAUAUAGGGCAUACAUGCAGAUACCACAUACAAUAUAUAUAUAUAUAUAUUUGAAUAUAUAUUUAUGUACCAUAAUCGUCGUGUAGCGUCAGCAAUUUUAAAGGCAAUUUGUGAAGGGGUUAGCGAUUUGUAGUAGGUUUUUGGGAAUAGAAGGAUCGAUCAGUUGGUGUGCGCUCAUAUCGAUCGUUGUUGUUAGUGUGUAGUGUGUUUUAACCGCAGAAAUUUAAGAAUACAAACGAUUUCGUUGAGUGCAAGUUUGAAAUGAAUUAACCCGCUAGUUUCGAUUUUAAUUUCGUAUUUCCGUUCUGAGAGUGUUUAUUAAGCGUGCCUGUGAUACGAUAUGAGUUGCAUGUGGGGGUGUUUCUAAUAGUUUUUAAUUAAAUACAAUUGACAACUACAUAUUGUCGUUUUACUUUUUUUCCUGUUUACAAACUACGGAUUAGUUUUACCCUAUUUUGUUUUCCAUAUGCAAUAGGUGCUUGAAGUUAUUUGCACGCCAUGCAAUUAAUUGUCAACUUCAGGCGCAUCUGUACUUCAAUAAUAUGACUACUAUACGGAUCUAGAUGUGUUGAAUUCUAACCAAAUUCUUAUUUUCCAAUUGAUACCUGACUAUAACUAUUGUAUAACAACGUACUACACAGCUAUUAACAAAUUUUCAAUCUAGGUGGUAUGAAAAACAAAUGAAAAAUUACAUAUAAAAGAAGAGAGAUAAACUCGAAACAAUAAAGAUAUGGUCGAUGGGGAUAUGCAUUAAAACCAUCGACCGAGAAUCAUACAAUUUA